AUGUCUAAAAUACACGAAUAUUUCAAUCGAAGUUAUAAUAAUUGGUGUAUCACAGGGUUUUUAAACGAAUGCAAUAAGGGACCGUUCCGAAAGAAGAUAGGAAUUUAUCUAAAAGACCUUGAGGCUAUUAAUGACCAUGAACGAGGAAAGAAGCAGAAAAAGGCCGAGCUACAAAACCAGUGUUGUGGUACAGAAAUUGCAAAGAGGUGGGAGGAGGAACACACAGAAAAUAGGCAGAUUCAUUUACACCAGCCAACAUUUACAAGUAGUCGGCAUAAUAAUGUGAAUAUAAAUGGGAUAACAAAUGGCGGAUCUUUUGUUACUGGAUUAUCUGAUAGAAUUACAUUAAACAAAAAAGAAACCAUAUCAACAAAAGAAUGUGCCAAUAAUAAUUAUGAUGAAGAGAAUCUUUCUUGUGAUUUGGAAGAUGAAGAACAAAAAGAGGAUGAGGCUAAGACAAAAGAAAACAAAACAGGUCCAUUUCUCCUCACUGAAGAAUACCGAAAGAUGAUUAAGCAGGCAUAUAAUGAUAUGAAAGAAGAGAAAAUGUGGAGACUUUCCACAGGAAAAUAUGUCGAAAAAGAAUUAUUUGAAAUUAGAAAGAAAUUAAAAUUUGAGCAUACUGCUCAUUCAUUUAUUUUGGAUGUGGAUGAUGAGGAAAUGAUGUUUGACGAUAAUUAUGAUCAUGAAAAAUAUUAUAAUAAAGAUUACAUCAUCUAUGCUUUAUAUUUAUUACUAAGAAAAAUUCAAAAUGGAAAAUUAAAGGAUACAAAUCUUGAAGCGUGGUUUAAUUGUCAUGUAUGGAAUGCGAUCUUUGAUCAAGUCUUUGGAGACUUAAAUGCAAUAUCUGUCGUCAGAGGGGAGAGUACAAGUUUGAUAUCAGCAUUACGAAAGAAUGCAAAAAGUCAAACAGGCGAACGUCGAAAAAUGGGUUGUAGGAGUGAUUGGAUCUUGAGGUCUACUGGUAGUGGCGACAGAGAUGA